AUCUACUUUAUUUUCUCUAUACUACACGUAAACAUGUCUGCUAUAGUAAAUGUAAGAUUUAAAAAUACAGAAGAAGGACUUUGUCCCCUACUUAAAUUAGACGAUGUUAAUCUCAAUGAUUCUCUUGGGAAAUUUCUAAACGAUUUUCAAGAAAAAAAUAAGACUCGAAAUGGUAUUUCAGCAGAAUUAGUGAUGUUUUCGGGUAGACUAUUGAAUAAUAAGGAUAAAAGUUUGAAUGAAUACGGAGUAGUGAAUGGGUCGACAAUUUAUUUUUUAUCACCACCUUCUACUAAUGAUGAUCAAACUUCAAGUGGUAACAAUUCAGUGUCAAACUGCACAAAAGUGUUUCCACGAGCUAUUCAAUCUUCCAGAAGGCUUAAUUCAAUAACAAGUUCAUUAGCAAAAAGUUCUACUUGGAAUUUAAUUUAUUCAAAAUAUCCUAAAAUUCAAGACGAUCCAAUUGCAUUAGAUUAUCUGAGAAAUUCGAAUAUGCUAAAGAUGCUAAGAGAACCGGAACUUUGCAAAAGAGUUUUGGAAAAGCAUCCCAUUUUGGCUGAUGUUCUUCUCUUGAUAGAAUCUCAAGAUAAGACAAACACAUCAACUGCUACUAAUGCAAAACGUCCGACAAAUUACUCUAUUGAUGCAUUAUCUGAAGAAUCAGAGGAUGAGGACGCAGAAGCUGCUGCUAGAAAUCCAUUUAACGCCGAUCACGUUUCAAGGGCAUUAUUAGAAGCAGCUUUACAAUCCAGCGAUAGCUCCGCUCAAAACAGCCAGGCCUCAACAUCAACAUCCGCAAUUUCGCAUACUUUCUUCCAAGAUGCAAUGCAACAGGUUCUAAGUGGCGUAUUGUCAUCAACACCAGCUCAACAGAAUCAAAAUCCACUUCAAGCCCCAAAUAGAGAUCCUCUGAGAGAAGCUCAAGUGCGUCAAAUACUUGAUAUGGGUAUAACACCAGAUGAAGAUUUAGCUAGACAUACCCUUGAAGCUACACAAGGCAAUUUGGAAUUAGCCGUACAGAUAAUAUUAGGAGAGCAAUAAUCCUUCGAAUAAUUGAAAGUUUUAAAUAGAUAUUUUGUGUCAAGUACUCCUCUCAAUAUGUAGGUUACUUUUACUAUCCAAAUCAUUUUCACAUAAUAUACAGUAUAUAUAAUAUUGAAGUAUUUAAAACUAUGCAAUGAAUGUAUUUGCAUAUUGGAAUAAAUAUAUAUCUAUAUAUAAA